AUGCCAUUCCAACCAUCCGAAACAUCCCCUUCCGUAAAAUCUCUCAUAGCAUUAUCUUCCGUCAACUCAGCCUCCUCUGAUCCUGUCAAACCAAAACUUCAUUUAUACACUCAAGCCACACCAAACGGAUAUAAAGUUUCUAUCCUCUUAGAAGAACUUUUACUAGCUUAUCCCGGUAAAUCGGAAUUGGCAUACGAUUAUACUUCAAUAAGAUUCGAUACGAACGAACAGAAAUCUGAAGAUUUUUUAAAGAUAAACCCUAAUGGUAGAAUCCCUGCUUUGGUAGAUGAUUCCGUCAAAGUGAACGGUGUCGGUCAUAGAGUUUUCGAAAGUGCUAGUAUCAUGUUAUGGUUGGUUGAAAGAUAUGAUAAGGAUAAUAUAUUUUGGUUUACUGAUCCGGUGGAGAAAAGUGAAGCUUUAAGUUGGAUAUUUUUUAUUCAUGGUGGUGUCGGUCCGAUGCAAGGUCAAGCCAAUCAUUUCUACCGAUACGCACCUGAAAAAUCCCAUACGACUAAUCGUUUAUAUUCAGUCAUGGAAGAUGGUUUAAGAGCUGGUGGAGGUGAAUGGUUGGUUGGGAAUAAAUUUAGUAUAGUCGAUAUGAAUGGUCAAUUCCGAGAUUUGAAAGUUCACUUACCAUCAGCAUACGGUUGGGUAUCGAGAUACUGGUGGGCCGGCGCGACUAUCGAACAUACCCCAUUGUUAGCAGCGUGGAUCGACCGUAUCACCGCUCGUGAAGGUGUAGAUAGAGGAGUCAGUAUUCCCAGAAGAGGGAAAACAAGGGAAGAAAUGGAAGGUGAUGCUGCUGAAGCUGAAGCGAGGAAGAAUGCCGCUUGGAUCUUGAAGAAGACACCGGGUGAUUUGAGGGAACAAAAGGUGUGA